GUGACAGUCGAAGGGAAUUUGCUCUGGACUUCUCCUGCUGUGUUGGACGUUUCUACAAAGGUCAAGAGAUCGAUGCCUCAGACAGACAAGCAAGUAUGCAUCCCACCGGAGCUGCCGGAACUGCUCAAGCAGUUUACCAAAGUUGCCAUUCGGACCCAGCCUCCGGAUCUCAUCCAGUGGGCCGCUGAAUAUUUCGGGGCCAUGUCCCGUGGAGAGAUUCCUCCUGCUAGAGAGAGGUCUGAGCAAGUCACUUUGUCCAACUGGGCUGAGCUGACCCCUGAGCUGCUGAAGGUCCUGCAUUCUCGGGUUGGUGGCAGACUGAUCAUCCACGCCGACGAACUGGCCCAGAUGUGGAAGGUGCUGAAUCUCCCAACAGACCUGUUCAACAGUGUGAUGAAUGUGGGCCGCUUCACGGAGGAGAUCGAAUGGCUGAAGUUUCUAGCCCUUGCUUGUAGCUCCCUUGGAGUCACCAUUGCCAAAACUCUGAAGAUAGUGUGUGAAGUCUUAUCCUGUGACCAUGAUGGAGGACCACCCCGGAUUCCUUUCAGCACCUUCCAGUUUCUCUACACAUACAUCGCUGAAGUGGAUGGGGAGAUCUCUUCAUCCCAUGUCAGCAGGAUGCUCAACUAUAUUGAACAAGAAGUAAUUGGUCCUGAUGGCUUAAUCAAGGUGAAUGACUUCACUCAAAACCCUAGGGUUCGGCUGGAAUAAGGGCACACUUCUGGCAGUUUUAAAGGAAGAUACAGAGGUGUCAUUCAGACUAGCUGAACACCAUCCUAAGUCAAUUUUCUUUUACAGCUGGCACAACUAAUAAACAAUUAGCCAGGAA